AUGGCAAAGGAGGAAAGAGUAUCUGAAGAAGCACCCCAGGAGGUUCUGCAUGGUGGAGAAGUGGUGCGUCAUGAUGAGGAUGGAGAUGCCGAUGCUGUUGUUGUUGAAGCGUUUCAUGAUCAUUUACCGCCACUGAGUGAAGUAAAGCGAUUCACUAUUGUUGGGGUAGCCAUUUUUGGCUGUAUUUGUGCCUCUUUUGCACAUUUCUUCAACCUCUUCAGUGGUGAACUUCAGAAGGAGUACAGCCUAUCACAGCGGGAUCUCUCUACCAUCAGUACAGUGGGAACUGUUUUCUGCUUCUUUACUUUGCCCUAUGGAUUCCUUUAUGAUUACUUUGGCCCGGUACCUAUUUUCUGUAUUUCGGCAACUAUGUUUCCUCUUGGGGCACUUCUGCUGGCGUUAUCUUUUAAUGGAUUUAUUUAUGGUACAGUAGCACGCCUCAGCGUCUUUAAUGCCAUUUUAAACAUUGGUACAAUCAUGUUUGACUUUGGCUGUCAAAUGACGUUACUUAGUAUCUUUCCUUCCAGUAGAGGUGCUAUUGUAGCUAUCGGGAAGACGUUUAAUGGACUCGGAUCUCCAAUUGUGGGAACCAUUCAACUUGCCUUCUUUGACAAUCACCCAGACCAUUUUUUCUAUUUUCUUAUGGUUCUUGUGGUGGUGGUUUCUCUGAGUUGUAUGUAUUUUCUCCGUCUUCCACCAUAUCAUCUGACCGGAUACCAACAAUCACACCUCAGCGAGCAAGAGAAGACCAAGCGCCUGGCUACACGAGCACAGUAUCUGCGUCAAAAGACACCUGUUCCUAGAUUUUUGGUGGGAAUAUCAUUCGUU